AUGCCAUCGAAGAUUAACUUUCUCCCCACACUGACAGACGCGAACGAGGCGCUGUACCCGCAGCAGUUGGAGAUACUGCGGCAACAAGUGGUCAGUGAGGGCGGGGACGAUGCGACGAUCCAAUCCAGGUUCAACUACGCGUGGGGGCUGAUCAAGUCCGUGGACGUCAACGACAACAGACUGGGCAUCAAGCUGCUGACGGACAUCUACAAGGAGAGUCCCGCCAGGCGGAGGGAGUGUCUGUACUACUUGACCAUCGGGUGCUAUAAGAUCAACGAGUUCACGAUGGCCAAGCGAUAUGUCGACGCAUUGUAUGCACACGAGCCACACAACCAGCAGGUUGUUGCGCUGAAGAAAAUGGUGGAGGACAAGAUCCAACGAGAGACGCUCAAGGGUGUGGUCAUUGGUGCUGGGGUUAUUGCGGGCGUUGCCACUCUGGUUGGUAUGUUGUCGAGAUCUAGAAAAAGGUGA